UGUGGGCCAUCCAUCUCUUCUUCUCUACCCCCUUUUUGCAUUCUCCUCUGAUCAUCAUCUCUCUUCACUCUCAUUAUAGCGAUCAGCCUUUAAUAAUAUUGUCAUCUUUUAUUUUUUGUUCUAUCCUACAGCUGUGCACAGUUGCAUUUGUCUGGUUGUCUGGUUGUCUGUUUAAUUAUCUGCUUAUCUGCUGUUUGUUUAUUUUGUUUAUUUUUCAUUUUUGGUUCAAUGGAUUUGCCUGUUCUCAAUGAGACCAAAUCUCCAGCAUCGGGCUCCAAUCAGCCUUCACGGGCGAGUUCUGUAGAGGGUAGUUUGACUCCACAGCAGCAUAAUGUCAAUGGAGGUGAAAGCACCUUGUCCACUACAGAUCCUAAUAAGAAGCCAGAACUGACGGAUGGACUGGAACAGGCUAUUGCUGAAGAUCCUUAUGACGCAGAUGCUUGGUUGACACUGUUGAAUGAAGCCGAGAGAGAAGGUGAAGUUAAGAGGGUGAGGGAUGUAUAUGAAAGGUUUCUCAAGGUUUAUCCGACUUCGUCUAGGUAUUGGAUCCAAUAUGCCGAGUUUGAGCUCAAGAAUCAACAUUUUACUGAGGUUGAAAACAUCUUUCAACGUUGCCUCAGAUCUGUUUUAUCUGUGGAUCUUUGGAAGUACUAUCUGAAUUACAUUCGUCGUAUCAAUACUGGCCCUGAAUCUAGAGACAUCAUCACAAAAGCCUAUGACUUUGUACUUCAGCAUGUGGGUCUUGAUCGGGAUUCUGGACCUAUCUGGGCGGACUAUAUUUUUUUUCUAAAAUCGGGUCUGGUCCAAAACACAUGGGAGGAGCAGCAAAAGAUGGAUGCUAUGCGUCGUGUGUACCAAAAGGCAGUUUGUAUCCCACUUAAUAACAUUGAAAACAUCUGGAGAGAUUAUGACUCAUUUGAGAAUGGUCUCAAUAAAUUGACAGCCAAGAAAUUUCUUCUGGAGCGUUCUGCAGGUUACAUGACAGCGCGCAUGAUGUGGAAAGAGCUUCGCAAAUUGACAGAUGGAAUCAACAAGAAUAUGCUUCCUCGACCUGUGAAGUGGACUGAACGUGAGUUACAUCAAUUGGAACAGUGGAAGCGUUAUAUUCGAUGGGAGAAAUCUAAUCCACUCAAUCUGGAAGACCCAGCCGCGUUGUCAAACCGUGUCAUAUGGACCUAUAAGCAAGCGCUGAUGUCCAUGCGGUUCUAUCCAGAGAUUUGGUUUGAGGCAGCAACGUAUUUUCAAGAAGUGGGACGUGUUGAUGAGGCCGUAGCACUCUUGAAAAAUGGUUGUGAAAUUCUUCCUACUAGUUUUCUGCUUCAUUUCGCUUGUGCAGAACUAGAAGAGAACCGUAAGAAUUUUAAGGAAAGCAGGGCAGUUUUUGAGACAUUGGUCAAGAACCUAACGGACAAGAUCGAUGAUAUGAAUAAUAAAGUGAAUGAGGAAGUCCAGGCGGCCAAAUUAGCGUUGCAGGCUGAGCAACAGCUUUUGGAUAGUGGACUGACCUCUGGUAAGAAGGUUCGCGAUAUUGAGGAAGUCGAUGGAGAGGUGAGAGAACGUGAACGUGAUGAGCUAAAGAAGCGCACCAAGGAGCUUUUACAGUAUGAAAAGUUGGCCCGACGGGAGGUGGAUGAGAUGGUCAAGGGAUGUGGACUUGCCUGGAUCAUGUUUAUGCAGUUUGUACGUCGGACAGAAGGGACAUCACAAUGGAGACAGAUCUUCAGCCGUGCACGUCGCUCAAGCGGGUGCCCAUAUCAGGUAUAUAUUGCUGCAGCUCUGAUGGAGUACCAUUGCACCAAGGAUGCAUCGAUUGCAGGAAAGGUUUUUGAGCUUGGAUACAAGUCAUUCAGUGAUGAGACCGAUUAUGUGGAUCAAUAUCUGGAAUUCUUAAUUCAACUGAACGAUGAUAGCAAUGCAAGAGCACUCUUUGAGCGUGCAUUGAUCAACAUGUCACCUGAUACGGCGCGUCCUCUCUGGGAGAAGUUUUCAGAAUAUGAGAACAAGUAUGGUGAUCUUGCAGCGAUCGCAAAGGUGGAAAAGAGACGCAGGGAGGUGUAUCCGGAAGAUUCUGUGCUUGAUCGGUUUGUGGCUAGAUAUAGUUUUAAUGACCUCAAGGUUAUUGAGGAAAUGGAUAUGGGUCUCAGCAUCCGUAAGAAUAUCCAUGUACCAGCAUUGACGGAUUUUUCAAGCGACUUUCCGCCCCCUCCACCCGUUAAUCUGGAUAAAGCUUAUCGAGCUGGGCGCCGACCCUUGAUGGAGCCUGUUCAUGCUGACUUGUACCCUAGACCAGACUUCGCCAUGUGGAAUACUUAUAGAGUCUAUCCUGAAAUGAUCAAAUCAUCUGCAACAGCCGCAGCACGUGAAAGGGAAAGGGAGAGGGAGGCCAAUGUAAGGCCAGGUGGUAUGGAUACAGUACCACAUGCACAUCCCCAUGCAGGAGGCGGAGACAGAGAUCGGGAUGCCCGCGAUGCGGAGAUGCGGGAUGUUCCCGUCCCUGGUGGGCCAGGUUUUGCUCCAAAACCUCUCUUACCACCCCAUGCGCCUUCUCCAAUCCCACCUCAAGCUAUGAAUUCGCCAUCUCAUCAGUCUAAUCCUCCAGUGUUGCCGCCGCCGCCGCAGCCACCAAUCCAACAACACCCACCUCCGUUAUCUGUUCCUGGAUGGACUGCGGGACCCCAUGGAUUGAUUCCUGAGGCUGUGGCCUUCUUUUUAUCUAAUUUACCUUCGGCCUCCAGCUUCAAUGGUCCAGUCUUAGCGCCUCAUGAUAUUCUAGAGCUUAUUAGGGUGGCACAGAUCCCGCCAGGACAGGCCAUGAUUGUUCCACCGCCAGUACCAGUACCGGGUAUGCCACCACAACCUGUUCCAGGGCCAGGCCUCACACCACACAAUGAUAUUCAUCGAGAUGGAGGAAGGGGUCCGCUACCAGGCCGUGACAUGGGCAAUACCGGUUACCGUGGGGACCGUGACCGAGACUUUCACAAUCGGGAUAGGGAUAGAGACCAACGAGGUGAGCGCGGCGGUCGUGGAGACCGUGGGAGCUUUAGGUCACGUGGAGGGCCUGGAGGUAUGCGAGGAGGGAUGAAAAGAAAAGGACGGGAUUAUGAUGACGAUCUGGGCGGGGCUGGUGGGGGUAAUGUCGGAGGAGAUUUCCGUAACAACCACAUGCCAGGGGUGAAUCGUCCACCAGAAUAUGAUUUAUUCAGGUCGAGACAGCAGCGUAAAGCCAACAUGGAGUAAAUUUCUUCAUGCCAUUUUUGUUUUGAUAUUGAACUACUAUUAGUUGUUAGCUGUUUCAAUGUCUAUUCCAAUUGGUCUUUUCUUUUUUCUUUUUUUUUUUGU